UUUUCUUUGUCCUUACUGCAUAAUGCAGUCAAACAUGGUGUUGUCUUCAAUGGAAGUUGAAGCUGCCCCUGAGGCAAAACCAUUGCCUCCAAAGCCUAAGUUCGAGCCUUUGAAGCCUCAUGAGAUGUCCGAUGGUCAGUUUCAGUUUCGGAAGGUAUCUGUUCCACAACAUCGCUACAAUCCUCUCAAGAAAGCAUGGAUGGACAUCUAUACUCCCAUAUACGAGCAGAUGAAAAUCGACAUCCGCAUGAAUUUGAAGGCUCGGAAGGUUGAACUGAAGACGAGGCCAGAUACACCCGAUAUUAGUAACCUGCAAAAAUGUGCUGAUUUUGUCCAUGCUUUCAUGAUGGGAUUCGAUGUCGUAGAUGCCAUUGCGCUACUCCGUCUGGAUGAGCUCUAUGUUGAGUCCUUCGAAAUCAAGGAUGUUAAGACACUUCGAGGUGAUCACUUGUCUCGCGCUAUUGGAAGAUUAUCUGGUAAAGGCGGUAAAACUAAGUUUGCAAUCGAAAAUGCAACUAAGAUGAGGAUUGUGAUUGCUGACACUAAAAUACACAUUUUGGGGUCAUUUGCCAACAUCAAAAUUGCGAGAGAUUCUCUUUGUAGCCUUAUCAUGGGAUCACCCGCGGGUAAGGUAUAUUCGAAACUAAGAGCAGUUACAGCUAGACUGGCAGAAAGAUUUUGAUCUUCCUAAUCAUGAUCUGGACUUUUUUUUUCUAAUUCUAUAGAUUAUGAGAUGAAGUGUGAUGAGGAUGAGUUAUUGUGUAAGUGGUUAGUUCUUCAAUUAAUUGUAAGAGUUUAAUGUAAUGGAAUAAUUGUAAAGUUUGUGCUCUAUGAACAUUUAUUAUAAGAGUUUAAUUUUGAUGCA